AUGACCCUCAACGGCAUGAAGAAACCCGCCUUGCAGGCUCUUCUUCGGGAGAAGGGCGAGGAGCCACCACAGCGGUGGACCAAGCUAGAGCUACGCCAGCGCUUGAUCGAGAUGGACCCCAAGCUGGCCGAGGCGGCCAACAAGAAGCAGGAAACCGAACUGCAGCAGUGGGUACACAAGAUCAACAAAGCCAGCGCCAGGAAGAGCAACCUGGUGAGCCUGUGCGAGACCGAGAUGGAGAUUCCGGUCAAGGGAACCGAGACCGUGGCGCAACUGGAGACGCUGGCAAUGAAGCAGGCAUAUCGCCUCUCCACACCAGCCGGUGCGGAUGUUGUCGGGUUCGGGAAGUUUGCCGCCCUGGAGUACCGCGACAUCAACAAUCACCAGCCGGGGUACCGCGAGUGGAUCCUCAAGACGGCAAAGGAAAGCCACGAGUGCGAUUUCAGGCUGAGGCGACUGGCCACGUGGUUGGAGGCGAAUCCCCCGCUGCCGAAGGACAAGAGUGUGGAGGAGCUCUUUGUGGAGGGCGAGCCGAACAGAGCUCGCGCCAUGCCGAGUUCAAUGAUGUCCUCGGCGUCUUCGGUGAGCUCAACGACUUCGACCGAGAAGGGCCAGAUCAUGCAGGUGCUCCAGCAGUUGGCCGGGGCAGUGCAACACCUUCAAGAGGAGAUGACCGAGAUGAAGGAGGAUCGCCCCCGUCGCAAGGAGAGCCGCAAACCGGGGUCCGAGGCAACGUCCGAUGGCUACCAGAAGGAUCAGACUGGUUGUUCAGAGGCCGCCCGACGUUUCUCCACAUGGAACGGGGCUGACCUUGGUUCCUCUGAGGGGAUCAAGUACAUUUUAGGACUCAUCGGGACGGAGCGCCCGGGCGUGGUCUGGAUGGCCACACCUUGUGGACCCUUUUCUCCAUGGCAACAUGCGAACUGUCGCACGACCGAGCAAAGAGAGGAGCUACAGCAGAAGCGCAAGCAAGUUCAGAAGGUGUACGUUGGUGCCAGUGUAGUGUACUCGUACUGCAUGCAGUUAGGCAUACAUUGUGUGUGGGAGAUGUCUGAGAAAUCCGCCUACCAACAUGCGAAAUGCGAAGGUGAGGAUACCAGUGGGAGUGCGAGGUACACGGCUCGGGUCAGCCGGGCUGGGAAGUUUGGAGGCGAGAAGGUUCAGUAUCAUGUUUUCGGGGCCUAUGCACGAGGUGCGAGCUAUGGGGCGAAGGAAAUGGGACUUGUCCCAGACAGCUCAGGGCCACUCACCUCUAAGGUCACGCCGCAUGGAGAGACCAUUUGGGGUCGCAGCUACGAGACCAGGGAUCAUGUCGUAGAGUUUCCUCCGAAAGCGUGGCAUGAGACAGAAGAGUGGUGUUGCGACGAAGUGGUUUUCCUCUUCCUCCCCGACCCCAAGGAACGAAAGAAGGUGAUGCCUCGCCAUGUGGCAUCGUUGGAGCCUCUUCCCCCAAAGUACCACACUAUCGUUGCGGAUGUAGGUGCAACGUGCGUUCAGUUUCUCCGUGAAGGCAACUUCAGGAGUCAAGCGGUCAGUGACUACUGUAACAGACAUGACGUGUUUUUGGAUUUGGUUCCAGGGGAGGCUCAUUGGAAAGUGGCGGUUGUGGAACAGGCCGUUCAGGGAUUGAAGAUGGUUAUGGACAAGUUGUACAUGUCAGACGAGGACAUUAGUGCUGAGGAAGCUCUGGCAACGGCAGUGCGUGUGUUCAAUCAGAGGGAUUUGGAACUCGUGGAGAGCCUUGCGGAACAGGACCGCACGCCUUGGACCUACUCCAAGGUUGCUGAGCAAAUCGGCGGUAACCAAUACGAGGACCUCACGCGACACCAGCCGUCAGUUCCGGAGUGGUGGCGUGCCCAGGACCCUGCUGAGGAGACCCAGCCGGUUCGGACUAGGUUUCGAGGGAAGAGGGCUGCCGUGACCAGCCCAGUUCAGGAUUCAGAUGAGGAGUUGAUUCCUGAUGCCGGUAGGGAACCCGCGAGUAGCUCCCGAAGUCGGCCGAGAACCCAUCCGCCAGGACAAGCAUCCUUUCAGGAGACCCUGACAGGAACGCGAUGGUGGGAAGAAGUACGAGAGGACGCAUGGUUCAGCACAGAACCGGCCUACUGGUGUGAUCAGAGUGCGUGUGUUGAAGUUGAAGUUGAGAUGCCUAGUACCGAUAGAGCGUGGAAGCAAGCUACAAACAAUUUGCAGUGCUACAUGGUUGGGGCUUUCAAAAAUAGAGCGGUUGAAGUGCGAGAGAAACAUCUGAACGAAGAAGAGAAAGCCAUGUUCAGAGAAGCAAAAGCAGUGGAGGUUCGCAACUUUAUUGCUGCUCAGGCAUUCGAGGUAUUGCCGGAACAUUUGAAACCCAGCUACCAGCAGGCGAUAGGCAUGCGAUGGAUAUUGACGUGGAAGCAGAAGGAAGACGGCUCACGGAAGGCAAAGGCUAGAGCCGUAUUGCUUGGCUAUCAAGACCCGUCAUAUGAACAUCGUGCUACCACGGCUCCUGUUAUGACCAAACAGUCACGACAACUUCUCUUGCAACAGGCUGCGCGACGACAAUGGACUGUCUAUAAGGGCGACGUUUCGGGAGCUUUCCUGCAAGGGAGAGAGUACCCAGAUGUUCUACACUGUGUACCAUGCGAUGAAAUCUGUGACCAGAUGAAAGUUCCACGCGGCAGUAUUACGAGGCUCAAGCGAGCCUGUUACGGCUUGGUGGACGCGCCUCUGGAGUGGUAUCGAUCAGUAUCUCAGUUCUUGGAAAGCCUGGGAUUGGAACGAUCCUGGAGUGACGCUUGUACUUGGAUAUGGAGAGAUCAAGGAGAACUCCGAGGCAUUAUUUCGGGUCACGUAGAUGACUUCUUAUUUGCAGGAAGUACCUCGGACCCCAAGUGGCAGGCCAUCCUUAAGAAGAUCCAAGAGCGUUUCAAAUGGGGUGAUUGGGAAAAGGACAACUUUGUCCAAUGCGGGGUCAAGGUGGAGAGGGUUGAGGAAGGUUUCAGGUUGAGUCAGCCGCAGUUUGUGGAGGGUCUUCAAGAGAUUAACCUGAAUGCCACACGUCGGAAGGAGCGGGAUCAACCGACGAGCGACAAAGAAAAGGGACAGAUGAGGGCACUGUUAGGUAGCCUGAGUUGGUUGGCGCAACAAACCGCGCCACACCUGUCAGCCUCAGUGGGAUUGCUGUUGUCUGAGAUUGCGCGAAGCACAGUGGACACGGUGAUACGUUGUAACCUUCUGCUGAGACAAGUGAAACAAAGGAAGCAACACCACAUGCUGAUACAUGCCAUUCCCAUGGAUGAACCUGUGAUGAUGUAUGCUUGGGUUGACGCGGCUUCAGGCAACAGGACUGAUGGUGGAAGUACUCAGGGGAUUUUCAUAGGUUUGGGUCCUCAGGCUAUGCUAUCAGGAGCUGUCGGGAAAGUAACCCCGGUGGCUUGGCACUCGUCCCGAGUGGACCGAGUGUGCAGAUCACCCGGUGCGGCAGAGGCUUUGGCAGCAGUCAAUGGCGAGGACGCACUUUACUACGCCAGAUUUCAGUGGUCAGAAAUGGAGUUUGGGAUUGAGAAUGUUCGGGAUGCUCAAGCUGCUGUGAGAAAGGUUCCGGGGUGUUUGGUUACUGAUUCUAGGAAUGUUUAUGACAAGGUGAAUCAGGAGGUUCUUGUAGUGAAGGGCGCGGAGAAGCGAACAGAUCUGGAAUUGCUCGGGCUCAAAGAGGCGCAAGCUGCUACAAGUUUAGUCAUUAGAUGGGUCCAUUCAGAGGCUCAGUUGGCUAAUAGCUUAACGAAGCAUGGCAACUGCCCCGAGAUCGAGCUGUACUACCAGAUGCAACAUCAAUGGCGUAUCGUAGAAGACGAACAGAUGAGAUCCGCUCGACGCAGGAAGCAAGAGGGCAUAGCUCCACUUGCUGGGUGUAACGAAGAGAAGAAUUCCUGA